AGGGUCAACUUCCAGUUGUAGAGGGGUGAUCCGGUAGUCCUCCUCCUUUCUCCCAUUCUCCUUCCAGAGGAGGUUUCUAUUCCUCCUUCCCUUGAACUCCCUCUCUUUCCUUGGAACCUCCGUUGCCUUAACCUCCAUUCUUCUUUCUUCUGUGGCUUUGAUUUUCCCUUUUCCUUUCAAAGUCUAAGAGCAACAGAUCUUUCCGGAGCUCCUUUUCGUCCUUCCUACUCUUCCUCUCCACUUCUUCUCUUUAACAUUUGGAUCACUGGGUACUAGGUAACAGUCAAUCAACCAAGCAACUAGAAGACAAGUCAGGAGCUGGUGAAUAAGAGAACCGAUAAGCAAGUAUGACAGACAAAACGGGAGGCGGAGAUGAUGCCGGAAGCAUCAUGGCGUUGCUGGAGCGCGUUGCGGGCCUCAUGGACAGCGUCCAGACUACGCAGCAGCGAAUGGAGGAGCGUCAGGUGGAGCUGGAGAACACGGUAAAGACCAUCCAGGCUGACGUUGUCAAGCUGACUAACGACCACGCCAACACCAGUUCCACCGUCGACCGUCUGCUGGAGAAGACACGCAAGGUCAGCCGCCACAUCAAGGACGUCAGAGUGCGUGUGGAGAACCAGAACAUCAGGGUGAAGAAGGUGGAGGCCACCCAGGGAGACCUCCUGGCCAAGAACAAGUUCAGGGUGGUCAUUUAUCAGGGUGACCAGGAGGUGAAGGCUGUCACACCAGGCAACGAACCAGCAGAACCUAGCAGCAGCAGCGGCGCCAGAGCCGAGGUGGAACCGGACAAGUUUGAGCUUCCUCCAGAGUCGGAUGAGGAGUACAUGGUGGUGGAGGAGGCAGACUCCUCAUCAGCCGGCCGCAUGAAAAAGACCGGGCUGACACGCAUUGAGAGCUUCAAAGCUACCUUCUCCAAGGAGAACAUGAGCAAGACCCGCGAGAACCUGGGCACCAAGGUCAACAAGUUUGGUGAGCGCAUCGUGACAGCUGAGAGGCGUGAGAAGAUCCGCCAGUCUGGUGAGAGGCUGAAGCAGUCGGGUGAGAGGCUGAAGGAGACCAUCACCAAGAGCGUCCCAGCAAAGCUCAAUCUGAAGAAGGAGAGGACUGUGGCAGAGGGCCAGGAAGGAGCUGAGGGCGCCACAGAGGGCGCCGUUCCCGUCCCUCCGCCCAAAGGCCGCAAAGGCAGUCCUGAAGCCGCCAAGGCGGCUGACGAUGAGGGCAAGCCGGAGGAAUCUGAGGUGCCAAUGUACGAUAUGAAGCAGCUAUCGUAAACCGUGAGACAGUGACAAGAUCUGGGCCGUUUUCUUUUGGACCACUGAGACCACACAGAUGGAAUGAACGUUAAGUUUUUAAAGGUUGCUGCUACCAAGCAAGAGUGCAAAUAAUGAAGAUUAACAUUUGUUUGAACGUUGUUGAAGGAAGUGAGAGGGAACAGGCCGGUCACAGAUCCAAUCUGACUGAACAUCAAGACAACAACCAAACAGAUUGCUGAAAUCACCGCGGUUAUUUCAUAUGCAGUUACGUAUGUUCUGGUCAUUUAUUAUCAAAUCAGCAAAUAUAUAUAUAGUAUUUUUUUUGUUUUGUGUUCAAUAUACACUGACUUUGGGAAAAUAAAUGAACAAAGUGUUCAGAGUUCAGAACUUCUUCCCAGGACAUUUCCCAAUAUCACUCUGCUGCUGUUGACUUGUUUUUUGCAUGUUGGUGAGAUUGAAAUGUUGGAUGAUAAAGCUAUAACAGAGUUAUAGUACGUUCAGUUCUGUGAAAUGUUUGGAGAAAAAGUGAUAAAAGAGUUUUGGAUUUUCAUUAUUCAUUUGGAUUUCAUUAUAGGUGAAAUAAUUAAAGUCUUUCACUGGGGAUUGACUUGAAUAAACUGGACUUAAAAACAAAAAAAUGUCUGUUUGGCAGCAACAAUCAGGAUGAGAGGUUCUUUGUUCCUGUAGAGGUCUUCACAAGUCCAAAAGUCUGGACCUCUACUACAUAUAUAUCGACACACAGACCUGAGAUCCACUGAAAAAGAAUGACAACCUACCCGGACCCAGUUAGAUAUAGAAAGUAAUUUGGAUCUGUCCACAGACUACAAAGACCACUCAUAAAUGGAAAUUGUAUUGACCACUUUGACUGCCAGUUUAUAGCAGAUUUAAACUGAGUACGACAUGAAAAUCUAUGUUUGAUAGAACACUUACUAAGACAGAAAAUCACAGAUGCGUUAGCGAGCUGAGGACCUUUGAAAGUGGCACUAAAUAAAACCCCAGGAAUAUUCUAUUCUAUAUAUACAAGAUAUUCUUUACCACUAGCCAGGGAACCAGUUCUGGAUCCGGUCGGGCCAAUCACUACUGUUUUAUCUAAUAUGGGGCAGGUUUGAUACAAUGACUGUACAGAGAAGAGCAACUUUAUUGGCAGUUGACAUUUUCGUACACAACCAAUUUGUUGGAGGCUGAUGUGUGACUGUUUCUGUUGAAUCCUCUAUCACGUCAGUAUUACACGACCUGUGUGGUAGAUUUUCUCUAUAAAACUACAGAUAAAGCUUUUGUUAAAGAAAGAUGUGUUUGCCAUACUUUCAAUUGGAUUUGGUAAGUUUAAUUUGCCAACUUAGGCAGAGGUGUGGUCAAAACAUACAAAUGAGGGGGAUAAGACCCCUUGUGGCACCGAAGAUGAACUGUGAAGGACGAUGCCACUUCAUCACCCUUUUAUGAAAAUACAUAUACAUUAAAAUUGUUGAUUGAAUAAUAAAGAUCUAAAUAACGUAUUAAUUACUAUUUAAACUGUGUAUUGUAUAGUGUGUUAGUGUUACUUGUGUUUGAGUGAGAGAACUGUUUCGUAGCUACAGUUUUAAUUAGCAUUUAGUCAUUAAAGGUCAGAAUUCCUGAUUAAUUUGAAAGGAAAUUAAGUUUCUGUGUAAACAGAGUUGCUAAUAAAAUUCUGGUAGUUUUAUUUUGGAGCAGGCAGACACUUUCAUUUGGUAUUUUUCCCCCACAUUUUCAGUUUUCCUGUUAUUUUAGAGCAGUUGGGUAACUUUUUUAGCAAAGCUGCAAACUGGAGCAUAAAAAUCAUAAAAAAACGUAUCUUUGGCUGUGAGAACAGCUCAUGUCAUCAUGCUGAAAAUAAAGCUAAUGGGAUUUUCACCUGACAGCAGUGAUGUAACGGCAUUGUUGCUGAUGUUUAUUCUGUAACAUAUUUACAGUAUUGUUGGUGUUCUUAGCAUUCGUUAGUGAGUGACUGCAUGGCUGUAGUUUGUCAGAGAUAUUAAAGCAGGUUUGUGUUUGACUCAUGUUAUAAAAGUUCACUUGAAUUAUUUCUGUAACCAAUGUGAAGUCUGUUCUUCAAUAAUUAGUCAGUGAAUUAAAGAUUUUUAAUUUACUUUAAUGUCAUUAGAUAAUCUGUUACAGCAGCUGGUAAAAAUACAUAGCUUAUGAUCGCGCAAGCUUGAUUUAAAUUAAAGAAACAAUGUUGGAUUCCUCUGAAUAUUAA